GCGCCGUAGAUCUACUGAAGAACGGGAACCGAGAAGGGGGACAGGAGCAAAAACACGUCAGUCUUACGGACACAGACACGGGCUGCUCAACACAGGCCUUCAGUCUUUUCACUCCGGGCUGCGAGGGGAAGCGGCACCUUUCUGUGUUUUAACCUAUUUCCUGAUUUUUCUCACCGCGGAGCUAGAGACGGAGCAGCGGGGCUCUGUGUGGCAUCGGCCGCUGGCAGAGGACCUGCACAUGUCGGCGCGGGGAGGGACCGUGCGUUUCCCCGGCCUGAUACGGCCGGAGGGCGCCCGGCGGGAGUGGAGGGGGUAUAAUCCGCGAUCAGAACAGUAUUUUGAGCGACUGAGGAAAAAAAACGUAAACAAAAAGCAGGUGCAGGCGUUUUAAUGGUUGAAAGAGGGUCCGUUUAAAACGAGCGAGGACAACAGUGAUGCGGCAGCCGAGGUGGGCCCAGACUGAUGAUUUUAUGAUAUCAUCAUCCGCCGCCAGGACCGAUCACCGAUUUUAUCAAUAAGGAGCAUCAUCGAGGAGAAUAAGCUAUAAACUGACCCGGAGUCCGUUGGUUUGUUUGUUUUUUCUCUGGAUAAACAAGAGGGGGUUAAUCGGUGCUUGAUUACAGUGAUUUUUUUAUUUUUUACACAAGGAGCUCAGCUAGGGCUGUGUAUGAUCAAUUUUAGAAACAGAUGAGAUUUAGGCCGAUGACUUAGUCGAUGUGUGACGCCAAUACACAAGCAGGGAGGUGUGUGUGUGUGAGAGAGAGAAAGAGAGGAGACGCGCCUGCUUGAGCAUCAUCUGGUAGCUGUACAGGCUACUCCUCCACGGGGAUGAUACACAAGCGAUUUUUAAUCUGUGCGUGAACAACAGAAGAGUCAGGGAUGCUGCUGCUGCCAUUUCCCGUCCAGCUCUGAUAGAGACAGCAAGGCGCACAGACGGGACUGGACGUCCAGAAAUUCUCUCUUCACACCUCUCCUCCGCCUCUGCACCUUUCUCCCCCCUUCAUCUCUCACCCCUCUCCUCCUGCCUCCCUCCCUCUUCCUGUUCCACCACCACCCCUGGUGCGUAUUUUCAUAAUCCUUCUGUGAUUCAGAAAGUCACCCACUCCUCUAUCCUCUCCUCCAUUCAUCCAUACGUUCUUUUUAAACGCCACUUUACGCACUCAUACGCGCAAAGGCACGCACGCACGCAUUACCACCACCUCAUCACCACCGCCACCUACAGUCAUCAUGGAGACGACCAAGCUGCCUCCGUCCAGCCCGUCCUCGCCGACCACCAGCUUCUCAGUGCCCUCCGCGGAGAAAGUGGACGGGUUCCCGCGCAGGUCGAUGCGCAGAGCCCGUCAGAGGAGGUCCCACAGCUCGUCCCAGUUCCGCUACCAGAGCUCCCAGGUGGAGCUCACUGCAUUGCCCCCUCUGAAAGAUGCCCCGGUGGCAGAGUUACAUGACCUGUUCUGUAAGAAGCUGCAGCAGUGCUGCGUGCUGUUUGAUUUCCUGGACUGCGUGGCCGACCUGAAGGGGAAGGAGAUCAAACGUGCGGCACUCAACGAGCUGGUGGAGAGUGUGGCCACUAGCAGAGGAGUCCUCAUAGAGCCUCUCUACCCAGAGGCUAUAAAGAUGAUCUCUGUAAAUAUCUUCCGUACUCUCCCACCCAGUGAGAAUCCAGAGUUUGACCCUGAGGAAGAUGAGCCAACACUGGAAGCUUCCUGGCCACAUCUGCAGCUGGUUUACGAGUUCUUUCUGCGUUUCCUGGAGAGCCCCGACUUCCAGCCCUCCAUGGCCAAACGCUACGUCGACCAGAAGUUUGUGCUCCAACUCCUGGAGCUCUUUGACAGUGAGGACCCCAGGGAGAGGGAGUAUCUAAAGACUAUCCUGCACCGUGUCUAUGGAAAACUGCUGGGCCUGCGAGCCUACAUCCGUAAACAGAUCAACAACAUCUUCCUCAGGUUCAUAUAUGAAACUGAGCACUUCAAUGGAGUCGCUGAGCUGCUAGAAAUCCUCGGCAGCAUCAUAAAUGGCUUCGCUCUGCCUCUGAAGGCCGAACAUAAGCAGUUCCUGGUUCGGGUCCUCAUUCCGCUGCACACGGCAAAGUCCCUUUCCAUCUUUCAUGCACAGCUGGCCUACUGUGUGGUGCAGUUCAUGGAGAAAGAUGCUACCGUCACUGAAUAUAUCAUCAGAGGGCUGCUCAAGUACUGGCCAAAAACCUGUACGCAGAAAGAGGUGAUGUUCCUGGGGGAGAUCGAAGAGAUCCUGGAUGUGAUUGAGCCAUCUCAGUUUAUCCGCAUUCAGGAGCCGCUCUUCAAGCUGAUUGCAGCCUGUAUCUCCAGCCCUCACUUCCAGGUAGCGGAGAGAGCUCUUUACUUCUGGAACAAUGAAUACAUCCUCAGUCUGAUAGAGGAGAACUGUCAAGUCAUCCUGCCCCUGGUAUUCACCACCCUCUACAGAGUCUCCAAGGAGCACUGGAACCAGACCAUCGUGUCUCUGAUCUAUAACGUGCUGAAGACCUUCAUGGAGAUGAACAGCAAGCUGUUUGAUGACCUCACUGCCUCCUACAAAGUAGAGAAACAGAAGGAACUGAAGCGAGAGAGGGAGCGUGCAGAGCUCUGGCGAGGCCUGGAGGAGUAUCAGGAGUGCCGGAUGCAGAUGCUCACAGAGGCCGCCAGGAACCAACGCAACCUCCAAGAGCGAGGCGAGAGGGGGGACCCACCAAACCCUUCUUCCCCACAGAUGGCUCACUCCGACCAGCCUGAGCCCAAACCCAGUGGGGUCUCCUGUGGAGCUGGAGAGAGCACCACCUAGGUGCCGCUCCACAGAGUUUGGAUAAAUGAGGGGUUGGGGAUGAGGAGAAGACAUGAAGUUGAUGGUUAAAGAUGUAGACAAAGGUACAAUAACAAAUCCUCAGUUUUUUUUUUAUCUUGUAUCAUCAAGAGGGUAGCUUUUUUAUUUAAAAAAAAAAAAAA